AGCCCAAAGGCCUUAAGCUUGUCAUGGCACCUCAUGCCUCCCUUUCUGUUGCCCCUCCGGAUAGCCGACCUACGAAACGUCCUCGUUUAUCUAAAUCUACUCAUCGCGUUCUUAAUGUUUGGGCUCAGCUCGCCGAACGCUACAACAAACGCCUCGAUGAAGAUGACAUAGUCGAUCUCUACAGCGGUACUAUAAUUAGUGACAGAGGAGUACUGAAGAAUGGGAAGGACUAUGAUUUUGGUCAUUUUACUCCCGAUGAUAGUCAGGAUGACCGAGAUCAGGAGCAGGAGCAGGAGCCCAGCGAGCAGGACCAGGAUGAUGACGUCGAUGAAUUGGACACUCUACCCGUUCGGCGCGCGCCUGGAACCGACGGUACUAUGGCAUCAACUUCUGAGUUGCUUCGUGCCGUGCCACCUCUUUCAGCAACAACAGACGCUGACGAUCUCAAUGACUUUCUGAAGGCUGAAAAGAGACGAAGAGAACUGUUGGGGGAUGAGGACGGUGAAGAUGAUAUGUCUAUGGAAGAACUAGCUGCACUACGAGAGGCUUUACACGAGUCGGAGGAGGAUGAAGAACAGCCAGAGACCGUUGAUCCAGAGCAUGCAGCCGUUAUAGAAGACGAGUCUGAGGAUGAACUUGAUAGCAUAUGGCAGCACGACGAGGCUAGUGCUGUGUACCACAUCACCCGCAAUGAAUCUGAACAGGAUGUUGCGGAAGGUGAGCAAACAAUCCUCGAGUUCGCUGAUUCUGACGAGGAGUUUGCUGCGCUCCUCGAGCGACCCCCGCGAGCCGGAAAGCGAAAACGAAACUCUUCGUUUUCUUCCCAACGAAAAUAUCCCCCAUCUUCAUCGCAACGAACGCCAUCACCAUCCUCACCACUGCGAACAUAUUCCCCAUCUUCGUUGCAACGAACGUCUUCCUCAUCCUCUCCACUACAAAAACCUUCGCCAUCUUCUUCACGGCGUAAACCAUUGCCAUCCUCUCCACUGCAAAAGCCUUCGCCAUCUUCUUCACGGCGUAAACCUUUACCAUUUUUUCCGCUACGAAAAUCUUCUCCAUCUUCUUUGUAUCGUUGUCCAUCUUCCGACAGCACCUUAGUGCCUGAUACUCCUUCGACUACAGCAAGUACCCGUUUCGCGUCUCGUACUCCGCGGGCUCAAGUCUACCCUUUUGCCGCCCCCUCCGUCGAUCCCACACAACCACCACAACUCCUUCUUUACCAGGCGAUGCACCAAUUGUCAUAUGCUUUGUCCGCCACAAUGUUGACAUACGGCUCACCUCAUAUGCCUCCACCACCGACAGGUCCGUGGGGUGCAUACCCACCAGGUUUUGCGCAUCCUUGGGGACCACAAGGGACGUCGGAAGCAUCGCACUCUUUUAAGCUGGGCAAUGAUGAACAUGAUGAUGACCGGCCGGAUGAUGAUGGUACACUUGUGGGCCAUGACGGUGGUACGCUAGAGAAUGAUAGAAGGCGAAGGCGGUCCACGAGUCCCAUAGGUUCAAGGAGGGACGCGAGAAAGAUUGAGCGCCGGAGGUCCGCCCGAUUCUACGAGGAAACAUAUCAGGACCAGCGUUUCGUAGCGAGGGGACGAACGCCUGGUACUCCAUCUCCUACCCGUAGUCUUAAGGAGUCCACUAGCACGAACAAGAAGAAGGGAAAGGCAAAACGCAAGUCGUAAGCUGUAUGAUCUUCAUCUCGUUGUGUAUUUAAGCAGUAUGUAUUGGACAUUUUCUUGGGUAUCAAGAAAGACUAUUAGAAUCUGUUGUACUGUUACUCAUUCUUACUUACUACCCUCAUCAUAUACCCAGUUGAUGCGCACACUCGGCUCGCUGUGCCGACAUAAUAUAUUUCUUACUUGGUCAGUCUUGAUCUCCGACUACUGUAUCGAUGAGCAGAACGAAUCAUA